UUCGAUGGAUUUACAUGGAAAUGUAUCUCGUGAGUUGGCACAUCAGGUGGAUUUGAUUACGUGCUAUCGAAUGGCUCCGCAUGAGGAUGAAGAAGAGACGAGAGAGCGGGCUUGUGCGAAUUUGGUAAAGGUUUUGUUGGCGGCUGAAGGGGGCAAUGAGAAGGAGGAGGGAGGAAGGCCGAGAUUGCCGGUCAAGGCGUGGAUACCGCUACCUAUAUUGCUGCCAGGAGAACAAACUUCUACGCGAGAUGAACCUGCUAAGCAUAUAUAUGCUGCUGUGCCGGAAGUGGAAGCGAUGGAAGGCGUGUUGGAUGCUGCGAUCUGGGUGGGUUAUGCUUGGGCUGAUGAGCCUCGCAAUUGCGCCGUCGUCAUGGUCACUGGCUUUGAGGAGAGUGUCGUCAGGUCGGGAGCAGAGAAGCUGGCGGAAUUAUUCUGGAAAGCACGCGCUGAUUUCAAGUUUGUGGCUCCAACUGGCAACCUCGAGGAGUGUAUAAAUACCGCCAUCGCAUCCUCAUCCCGUCCGUACUACAUUUCCGACUCGGGCGAUAAUCCCACAGCCGGUGGCUCGGGUGAUGUGACCUGGUCACUUGCACAAAUCCUCGCACGUCCCGAAUUCCAGAGAGAAGACGGACUGAAGGUCAUCUACGCUAGUCUCCCCGGUCCAGAAGCAAUUCGCAUAGCCUUUGAAGCUGGAGUCGGUGCCACAGUCACAGUCACAGCCGGAGCAAAGGUCGAUCACAUACAUCACGGACCCAUCACCAUGACAGGCAAAGUUCAUUCGCUCAGAACAGGUGAUCGCUACGCCCAACAAGAAGCCGUCUUGCAAGUCGGAAGUGUCUUUGUCAUCCUCAGCAAGCUCCGCAAACCUUUCCACAAGGAGGGCGAUUUCAGGAAUUUAAACUUGGAUGCGCGACAGGGCGUGGAUGUAGUCGUGGUGAAGAUCGGAUAUCUCGAGCCGGAGUUGUAUGAUAUGGCUGCAGAUUGGAUGCUCGCUCUUACUCCUGGAGGGGUGGAUCAGGAUUUGGGAAGAUUAGGUCAUUCGCGUAUUCAAAGACCGAUGUGGCCGUUUGAUCGGACUUUUGAGCAGGAACCCGAUCUGAAGGCGAGAGUUAUUCCGGCGUCGCACGAGAUGCUUUCUCUUGAUGAUGCUGGUGCGCGUUUAUGGUAGAACUAGAAGUUGCUCAUCCUGCAAAAAAAAAACGUUCUGGUUUCAUUUCAGUCAUUGUCCUUCUGUGUGUGUGAAGGACAUUUCGCUCGAACGAGGUAUCGUAUGAAAAGCUUCAAAAAGAAAUCAUGGCAGUCAUCGCCGGCGCUUUACGACCAGAAACUCUACAAGACACGCCUUGUCCUGCUCUUUUCCCAGUUCGGCUGCAUCAAAUCAACGCCUAGUCAAUCGUCAUCCUUUGAGGUACUUGACCUAAGGGAUGUGGUGGCCCAUUGAAUUCAUCUCCAAUCCACUUCCCGUCAGUCAACUCUCCGGUGUUUGGCACCUUCCUUCUCUGGAUGUGUGGCUUCAGGCCUUUGUUGAAGUUGAUCAUGCACGCAAUUGCGGUGCCGAUGGUGACGACUAACAGUAGUAGCGUCAGAACCGCGAAAGUUGUGAGCGAAGACCUCGCUGCAAGGUAGUCGUUUCUUCUUGCCGGCGUGUACAUUCUCACAAGCUUGAAGAUGAAGUAGGCCAUUGCGCCGAAGUAGAUGACGAUGACGCAAAACUGGCCCACGUAGCUCUCUUUCCGAUUGAUGUACGCGGCGACAAGCAGAAUGAUGAUGGUGAUGGGUAUUGCGGCAAUGGUGAGAUAGAACUCCGAGUCCGAUGUUCCCGUCACGACGACAACAAAUUGGACAGUGAAGCCGAGGAAGAAGAAGAAAUCGAACUUGAGCAGAGCGAUGUAAAUCUGGUAUGUCAGAUAGCGCCUCUUCAGUCGUAGAUCAGCCGAGAUGUGCUUGUAGAUAGUCCAGGCAAAUUCGUUGUACAGCUUCCAGGCCACAAAAGACAGCAAGACGGUGCCCAGUGCUAUCACACACGGUGCAGCGAUCAAAAACGGUCGCAGCUGUGGCCAUGUAUCGUUGUCGAUCUGAUUUGUGCGAUCCAGCUCGUGCACAGCCUCGUCCACUUGGUCCAUCUGUACGGACGAGUAGAUGAGCAUGCCGACAUUGUAUAUGCAUAUGCCAAUGACUUGAAUCGUGUUUUUCAGCCUCAACGCAUCCCACGCGAGCACGAGCUCGUAAAUGAAGCCAAAGAUGAACAGGGCCAGAUAUGUGGGGAUGGUGUACGUCGCCGACGGCUUGUCUACGCCAGGUGUUUUGCGGAUCUCCAAGCUGGCCUGGAACUCGCCAAAGACGUAGACUUCCAUAGCCAAGCUCGCUAUGGCCUGCGCGAGCACCACGAGCAUAAAGGCCCAGGUCCAUGUGGUGUUUGGUAUGUACAUCCUGCCGCACUUGCGCGUUCGAGUGGAGUCGGAGUUGAUGAUGUUGCGGGUGGUGAGGCCCUCACGAUCAUGGUAUCCGCCCGGUUCGUAGGCGGCAGGGUAAGCGGUCGCGUCGGGGUUAUAGAUGGGCGGUCGCUGGGACGAGAAGGAGUUGCCGUGCAGCGGCUGGUAGGAAGUAUCCUGACCGCCGAGCAGAGAGGUGCGUGGUUUGUGUUUGGAAGACGUGGUGGGCGAGGGAGCGAGCGCCGAGUGCGCCCGACCAGGAAGGGGUAGGAUGAAGAAGUCUUGUUAGGCCAAAGUACAGUGUACGUAGAGUAGUGUUUGACCAGGUGUCGCAGUCGAGGUGCAGGAGUAGGUCGUACCACCCUUUCUCCCCGUCCCUCCCUUGUUCCGGAGGCCAAAGGGACGGUAACGUUGUGAGGAUAUGGGAAGAAAAUAUUGACAAUGGCAGAGCGGUCCCUGGGAGCCUGCCUGGGAUUAUACAGCUGAGCGUGGAGGUGGCUAAGGCCGGGUGCUGGGGGCUAAGGAUCUGCUUACGAGCGCAGCCUUGGCCUCUACUUUCUACACUGCUCCGCACCUCGUCGUCGGCUGAUGCUCUCCUCGCUAGGGAGACCGGGCGCAGUCAAACUAUGCUGUGCUCUCUGUGCUCUUUCUGCCGGCUGCACUGCGCUGGAGAGGAAUGCUCCACAGAAAUCUGCCUUAAUGCUGCACUCGGCACUCUGCUGCUCCUCCCUGGUGUCACGACGUUGGACUUGGCGCCAAUAGCAGUAGACUCGACUACCGGACCCGUUCGCGCUGGCGGCUGUGAGCGUGUGUGUGUGUGCGGGUGUAUGUGUGCGCGGUGGGUGAGCGUGUGUGGUAGCCGGCGUGUAAUCGAUCAACAAUCCACGGGAUAUAAACGAGUGUGUGCGGUGGUGGGAGUGCGCUGG